AGAAGCACCGAAGACGCCCUCUAUGACCUGUUACACCAAAUACGUACUCAUAUUAAAAAUAAAAAAAUAGUAACGUUGGUGUCCCUGGAUAUAGAGGGCGCCUUCGAUAACGCAUGGUGGCCGGCGGUGAAACUGCGGCUGGCUGAGGAAAAUUGCCCGAUAAACAUCAGGAGGACCAUAGACAGUUAUCUGGACAGCAGGAAAGUGACGGUCAAUUAUGGCGGAAGUAGAGCGGAGCGGGCUACUACAAAAGGCUGUGUGCAGGGUUCCAUAGGUGGUCCCCUGCUCUGGAACCUCUUGCUUAAUCCAUUGCUGGUGGGACUGGAGCGGAGGGGUGAGUACUGCCAGGCAUUUGCGGAUGAUGUGGUCAUGCUCUUCGUGGGGGAAACAGCGCUUGACAUCGAGAGACGUGCCAAUGCCGCUCUCGCCUAUGUCAGGGAGUGGGGUGCCCGAAACAAGUUGAGGUUUGCGCCACAAAAGACGAACGCAAUGGUCUUGACGCGCAAACUGAAACAUGACACCCCGCGCCUGAGCAUGGGGGGGAUAGACAUUGGCAUGUCCAAAGAGGUCAAGCUCUUGGGGCUCUGGAUAGACGCAGCCCUGACCUUCAACGCCCAUGUAGCAUAUACAUGCAACAAGGCGUUGGCGAUAUAUGGGCAGCUGUCCAGGGCCGCAAGAGUGAGCUGGGGUCUCCACGAGGACAUUAUCAGGUCCAUAUAUACGGCAGUCAUCGUCCCGAUCAUAACGUAUGCCGCGGCUGCGUGGGCGCCUGCCGUCAAUAAGCUUGGAGUGCAGAAGAGACUCAACAUAGUGCAGAGGGGAUUCGCUCAGAGGAUGACCAGGUCUUACCGCACUGUAUCCCUCAACGCCGCUCUGGUGCUGGCCGGUAUCCUCCCCCUCGACCUCAAGGUGCGGGAAGCCGCAGCUCUGUACGAGGCGAGGAGGGGUAUGCCGGUUCCGGGGUUGGGCGGCAGAGAGGUUGAACAAAGGGCAAAGUUCGCCGUACAACCGCAUCCAGCGGAAACUAUAGCGGUGCAGUUCCAUUGCCUGGAAAGCCGGGCUGACGUGGACGCAAACAGCUCGUGGGAGGUUUGCGUCUACACCGACGGCAGUAAGAUCGAAGACAAGGUGGGAGCGGCCCUAUCCAUCUGGGUAGGAGGCGUAGAAGCCAAAACCAAAAAACUGUCUCUGCCGUCGUACAGCACGGUUUACCAGGCGGAAUUGUACGCUUUAUGCGAGGCGGCGAGGUUUGCCCACAAUAGCAGCAGGAGCACCUUUGGCGUCUUCAGCGACUCCCGCUCUGCACUUGAAACGGUAGCCGACAGCGGUUCCGCUCACCCUCUGGCCUUGGAGACCCGAUCGCAUAUUAAAAAUAGCCGGAAUCAGGGCAAGAUUAUAAACCUUUAUUGGGUUAAGGCUCAUGCCGGGCUCCAAGGCAACGAGCGGGCGGACCAAUUGGCAAGAGAGGCUGCUCUGCACUCCAAGCGUAAGCCGGACUAUGACUUGUGCCCCGUUUCAUUCGUGAAGCGACAGAUAAGAGAUCAGUCGCUUCGGGAGUGGAACGGGAGAUACGUCAACGGCGAGGCGGCGGCGACCACAAAGGUAUUCCUGCCGGAUGCCAUAGCGGCAUAUAAGAUCGUUAGGGAUUUGGGACCAAAGGCAGUGCUCACACAAGUCCUGACCGGGCACGGUGGAUUCUCCGAAUACUUGUACAGGUACAAGUGUAAGGAGAGUCCAUCGUGUAUAUGUGACAGCACAACGGAGGAGACCCUCCUACAUGUCAUCCUGUCGUGUCCCGUGUAUGAAAAGAAUAGAUUUGACCUUGAGCAGCAGCUGGGGUGUAAGCUGGCUAAGGAGAGUGUUAAGGAGAUAAUGGCGGAUUUAGAAAAGAGAAAUGUAUUUUUAAAAUUUUGUAUAGAGGUAGUGCAAAAAGUUAUAAAGAGAAACAAAACGUAA